GGAAUUGUGAGGAAACAACGCAAUACAUUCUUUCUCCCUACAUCCACGCUAUAGAUAUCCCCAAAGAUCUGUCACCCACCCCCCUCAAAUCCAGUCUUGCCUAACACAAAUCGUCGACCUCCAAAACCCCCAUCGAUGGCGACUUCGUCUCCUCCAAUUCUCCCCAUUUCCAACCCAGAAACCACCGCCACAUCCGUUCAAUCGCAGCCUCCGGUCGCCACACCCGCUGUCCGCUUAUUUAUCACCCACAUCACCGAUUCCGUCCGCAACGGCUUCGCUCAGCGCCGCCCCUGGUCCGAGCUCGUCGACCGCACCGCUUUCUCCCGCCCCGAGUCCUUCUCCGAGGCCGCCCUCCGCGUACGCAAGAACUACACCUACUUCCGCGUCAACUACCUCUCCCUCAUCGCCCUUACCCUUGCCUUCUCUCUCCUCACCAACCCUUUCUCUCUCCUCCUCCUCCUUUCUCUCCUCGCCGCCUGGCUCUUCCUCUACCUCUUCCGCCCCUCCGAUCCUCCUCUCGUCCUCUUCGGCCGCACUUUCUCCGACCGCGAGACCCUUGGCAUCCUCGUUGUCCUCAGCGUCGUCGUCAUUUUCCUCACCAGCGUCGGAUCCGUUCUCAUCUCCGCUCUCAUGGUCGGUGCGGCCAUCGUUUGCGCUCACGGCGCAUUUAGAGUUCCCGACGAUCUCUUCCUCGACGAGCAAGAUCCCGCCGCUACUGGAUUCUUGUCAUUUCUAGGCGCUACCCCCUCCAAUGUCGCUCCUGUAGUCACCGGACGCGUUUGAGGGUUACAACCAUCCAUCCCGACGGCGAUUGUUAGGGAUACGUUGAAGAGCAAGCUGUUCAUAGGAUUAGAAUCAGAUGACGGACGGGGAGAUUUGCUCAUUGAAUGUAAUUUGUAUAAGACAUUACCAGUCAAGGAAAAGCAAGAAUUAUAUAUGAACAGACAGUAAGAUUAGUUGAUGAAUUAAAUUUAAGUGUUGCUAAAUGAUGGUGUUUUUAAUUGAGGAGAAAAAUAUUGGCAUGUAGUUAGGGUGAUUGCUGCAAAGUCUAUAGGAGUUAUAAAAUGCGCGUUUCCAUUGCCCUUGGGUUAAGCAUUUUGUUUUGAUCUGUUUGUUAGCAAUCAAUGAUAGAUGUAAUGAAAUAAGGCAAAGUAUGGGUGUCCAGUUGGUUUGGGUGAAUGCCUCGAUGUGUGGUAGACGCACAAGCUCUUGGGUUUGAUUCAUGUUGCUGGCUGCAUGGCUUGAAUUACAAGGUGUUGGUUGUGGUGGCCACAAACAGUACCCCAAGGGUUUGGAUUCCUAUAGAGAGUCCAAAGGGCUCAGCCAUGGAAGGGAUUUGUAGGUAUAAGAUUUGUAUGCACUGUCAAAUAAUUGAGCCUCUCGAUUCCUUAAUGUUGGUGGGAGGGAGGUUUAAAACUGUAAUAUGGAAUGUGCUUUUCUCCAUCACCAUUCAAGAAGUGUUUCUUGGAUUUA